UUGUUGGUAGUGACCAUUACCUCAGCCUUUAAGAAUGUUCUGCGCUGCUUGUAGAGUGAAUUGGGGGCCGUUCCUCCUGGGUUAAGGUAGCGUGUUAGAUACCGAGUCAUAUGAACCCGCUGGAGCUUUAGUUUCCCGCAUGCCCCUGGGGCGUCCUGGUGUUUGAGAAAUUCUGAGUUGAAGCUGGAGGCGCGCAAGUCAGUUUUUACUUCAUAAGAAAUUUGACGGCUGGUUUUCUGCGUGGUAGCAUGGUACCAGGUAUAACCUUCCUGAACUGGCUAUGUGCAAGAAGGCUUCCUUCAGAGAUUUCAGACAUCCUUCAAGCCAAAGAAGAGGAAAUUUGAACACACAGAGAGAUAUCAAGAGCAUGUGCACAGAGGAAGGGCUGUGUGAAGACACAGUGAGAAGGCAAUCAUCUCCAAGCCAAAGAGAGGUCUUAGAAGAAACCAAACCUGUCAACAACUUAAUCUUGAACUUCCAGCUGCCAGAAUAGAGUGAACAAAGCCUCCCUGGCUUCAGGAGUAUCUCCUCUGAUAUGUGGAAAGCUCCUGGAGCGAUGAAGAAAAUGACACCAGAAGCUCUAGAACACUAAGGAAAACUUUCAAAUCCAAUGGGAUGGCUAUACAGGCCUCCUGGGAUGGAUGUCACCCGCCUGCUUCUGGCCACCCUGCUGGUCUUCCUCUGCUUCUUCACUGCCUACAGCCACCUGCCACCCGAGGAGAAGCUCCAAGAUGACAGAAGCCUGAGAAGCAACUCCUCUGUGAACCUACUGGAUUUACCUUCUGUCUCUAUUGUGGCAUUGAACAAGAAAUCCAAGAAGAUCAGCAGGAAAGAAGCAGAAAAGAAGAGAUCUUCUAAGAAGGCGGCUUCGAAGCAGAAAGUGGCGCAGCGCCAGACCCCCCUAUCCGCGUCCUGCGUGGCCACCCGCGGCAGCUGCAAGCCGCCAGCACCCGCCUGCUGCCACCCGUGCGCCUCCUGCCAGUGCCGCUUCUUCCGCAGCGCCUGCUCCUGCCACGUACUCAACGUCAACUGCUGAGCGCGCCCCUUCCCGGCCGCGGGCGGGCAGGGCUUCGGGGACUUGGGGCGCUUCUCGGGCGGGUGAUCCCUAACAGGACGGCUUCCCAGGGCUGGUUGCGGGCGGAGCUUCCAGGAGGUGGGACUUAAGGGAGACCUGGCUAAAGUCGAAAUACAAUAUAUGUCGGAUGCU